CCAGAAAUGCCCACUUUGCUCCGGGGAAGGCGAUUUCUUCAAAAUGAUACAUAGAACGAGUGUUUCUGAGGCGGGAAAGCUACAAAAAACCUCCUCCCACUAAUGUGUGAAGGUUCUUUGUAGCAGAGUAAUAAUAGGUGGGAAUUAAUGUUUGAAUUAAAGUCCAGUUCUGCGGAAAAAACCGUCCUGAAGCUCUUUGUCUUGCAAAGCGGAAAGAAGCGAGCUGCUUAAGAGUUUUUUUCCAUAUGGAUGGACAUCACCUGAGUCUUCCUACAGAAUUUUAAAUCACUUGCAUUGAUCUGUAAUUGCAAACAUGAGUGGCUCCAAACCUGAUAUUCUCUGGGCUCCACACCAUGUUGAUAGGUUUGUUGUAUGUGACUCAGAAUUGAGCCUCUAUCACAUUGAGUCUGCUGUGAGUUCAGAACUCAAAGCAGGGUCCUUGCGAUUAUCAGAAGAAACUACAGCUACAUUGUUGUCAAUAAAUUCAGACACGCCAUACAUGAAAUGUGUGGCUUGGUAUCCUAAAUAUGAUCCUGAAUGUCUUCUAGCUGUUGGACAAGCAAACGGUCGAGUUGUCCUUACCAGUCUGGGCCAGGAUCACAACUCCAAGUCCAAAGAGCUGAUAGGAAAAGAAUUUGUUCCAAAACAUGCACGGCAAUGUAAUACCUUAGCGUGGAAUCCAUUGGACAGCAAUUGGCUUGCUGCUGGCCUAGAUAAACAUCGAGCUGACUUUUCAGUAUUGAUCUGGGAUAUAAGUAGCAAAUACACUCCAGAGAGUGCUGUUGCCACAGAGAAAGUGAGACUUUCAGCUGGAGAUACUGAAUCUGGGCUGGUAGUGACAAAGCCGCUUUAUGAAUUGGGACAGAAUGAUGCUUGUCUUUCUCUUUGCUGGCUUCCACGGGACCAGAAACUUCUUUUAGCUGGAAUGCACCGAAACUUGGCUAUCUUUGACCUUAGAAAUACAAGCCAAAAAAUGUUUGUAAAUACCAAGGCAGUUCAGGGAGUGACUGUAGACCCAUACUUCCAUGAUCGUGUGGCUUCCUUCUAUGAAGGUCAGGUUGCCAUAUGGGAUCUCAGAAAAUUUGAAAAGCCUGUUUUGACCCUGACAGAGCAACCAAAGCCCCUAACAAAAGUAGCUUGGUGUCCAACAAGAACUGGACUGCUAGCUACUUUAACUAGGGAUAGUAAUAUUAUUAGAUUGUAUGAUAUGCAGCAUACUCCCACACCUAUUGGAGAUGAAACUGAACCUACAAUAAUUGAACGAAGUGUGCAACCAUGUGAAAAUUAUAUUGCUUCCUUUGCAUGGCAUCCCACAAGUCAAAAUCGAAUGGUAGUUGUGACUCCCAACAGAACUAUGUCUGACUUCACAGUUUUUGAAAGGAUUUCUCUGGCAUGGAGUCCAGUUACAUCUCUUAUGUGGGCUUGUGGCCGACACUUAUAUGAAUGCACAGAGGAAGGAAAGGCUAGUUCCUUAGAAAAAGACAUAGCCACUAAAAUGCGUCUCAGGGCUUUAUCCAGGUAUGGCCUUGAUACUGAACAGGUCUGGAGAAACCAUCUUCUAGCUGGAAAUGAAGAUUCUCAGCUGAAGUCACUUUGGUACACUCUGCACUUUAUGAAACAGUAUACUGAAGAUAUGGAUCAGAAGCUUGCAGGAAACAAAGGGUCCUUAGUUUAUGCAGGCAUUAAAUCAAUUGUGAAGUCAUCUUUGGGAACAACAGAGAAUUUGAGGCAUAGCAGGAGUGGGUCCGAUAGGCAGGCAGAUAUUAUUCAGUAUCUAAGUGAGGAGAGGUCAUUGGCCUUGCAGCUCUGUGGGUGGAUAAAGAAGGGAACAGAUCUAGAUGUGGAACCCUUUCUAAAUUCUUUGGAACAAGAAGGAGACUGGGAGAGAGCUGCUGCUGUGGCACUCUUCAACUUGGACAUACGGCGAGCAAUACAGAUCCUAAAUAAAGGAGCUUCUUCUGAAAAAGGUGAUCUGAACCUCAAUGUAGUAGCAAUGGCUUUAUCAGGAUAUACAGAUGAGAAAAACUCCCUUUGGAGAGAAAUGUGCAGCACUCUAAGAUUACAACUAAACAACCCCUACUUGUGUGCCAUGUUUGCUUUUCUGACAAGUGAAUCUGGUUCGUAUGAUGGAGUUUUGUAUGAGAAUAAGGUAGCAGUACGAGACAGAGUGGCAUUUGCUUGUAAAUUCCUCAAUGAUGCACAGCUGAAUAGAUUCAUUGAAAAGCUGACAAAUGAAUUGAAAGAUGCUGGGAACUUGGAAGGAAUUCUGCUGACAGGACUGACAAAAGAUGGAGUGGACUUAAUGGAAAGUUACGUUGAUAGAACCGGGGAUGUCCAGACAGCAAGCUAUUGUAUGCUCCAGGGUUCUCCGUCCGACGUACUUAAGGAUGAGAGGGUUCAAUAUUGGAUUGAGAAUUACAGGAAUUUGUUGGAUGCUUGGAGGUUCUGGCAUAAACGAGCAGAAUUUGACAUCCAUAGGAGUAAGCUGGAUCCCAGUUCAAAACCUUUAGCACAGGUAUUUGUGAGUUGCAAUUUCUGUGGGAAAUCAAUCUCUUAUAGCUGUUCAGCCAUACCUCAUCAGGGCCGAGGUUUUAGUCAAUAUGGAGUAAGUGGCUCACCAACCAAGUCAAAGGUUACAAGUUGUCCUGGUUGUCGGAAACCCCUUCCUCGCUGUGCACUUUGCCUAAUAAAUAUGGGGACUCCAGUUUCCAGCUGCCCUGGAGUAUCAAAGUCAGAUGAAAAGGUGGAUCUUAGCAAGGACAAGAAAUUAGCCCAGUUCAACAACUGGUUUACAUGGUGCCACAACUGCAGGCAUGGUGGUCAUGCUGGACACAUGCUCAGCUGGUUCAGGGACCAUACUGAGUGUCCAGUUUCUGCGUGUUCAUGUAAAUGUAUGCAGCUGGAUACUACAGGGAAUCUCAUCCCAGCAGAGACUGUUCAGCCAUAAAACAACGGAGUUUCAAAAUGUGGGGCUAAUAGCUGUCCUUCUCAGCCUAAAUACAUACCUCAAAACAAGUAACGCAUGAAUCACCCAUAGUGGAAAAAUAAAUCAUUCUGUUGGAUCAGCAGUUUUGGUGUGUGUGAAGUUUAUAUGUGCUUCAGAGCCAGGUGUUGCUGCAAUGAACCUUUUAAGUGUGCCAUGUGGACUAUAGUCAGUGUGUUGAAGCAGAUCUUUUUAGAAAUACUUCCACAGGCUUUGUUGAAAUUCAAAGCACCCUUCAAGAAGAAUUUUUUUCAGAGUAACACUGAACAAUCCAUGAAUCUGCCAUCUGAAAUGAGCCAGUGUUAUAUACUGUUACUAGUACGAGUUUUAGGCUUUCAAAAUAGAUAAUUGAAGACUGUUAUUGAGAAAAUCCCUGAGUUAUGCUGUAGCUUUCUAUUUUCAUUCAUCACUGCUCAUUAUGUACAAAGGAUACUUUUUCUUUGAAAUUCUUUCAAGAGUCCAGCUAUUAAAACAUUUAAUUUCCCUUACGGAUUUUUCUUGAAAGAAAAGUUGCAUUCAUGUAAUUUUUUUUCUGUAUUCACAUUUUGUUAAUACCAAGACUCUUUCAAUGCAAGUUUACACUUAUAUCUUGCUGUUUUUGAAUGUAAAAUCUUUAAUUUGUUUUUUCCUAACAAGAAACAGUUUGAAGAAUUAUUUCAUAAAAGGUGGAAUAUCAACUUCAAAACAGAAUACAAAUAAAUCCUGAUUUUUAUGAAGGACUCUGUGUGCAUCCAAAAUAUUAUCAAAACUGACGUUUUGUAAAAGUUAAUCAAAUUCAAAUUAUGAUUAUUGGACCAAUAUAAAUUUCAGAUAACAUGAAGAUUUGAAUAUUCAGUGUUUAGAAAAUCUGGGUUUACCUGCUCUUGUAAAAUGUGUUGAAAUGUGAAAUGCACUAAUUCAAAUUAUGCUACAGAUUACCAGUGGACGUUGGCCCUCCUCAUAAAAUUGCACAAUUUUUUAAAGUUUCUGGUCAAGAGCAGUUUCAUAAUCUGUUGCUAGUCAGUAAUAAAAUUCAUUAGUGGCGCACUGAGUGUCAUCUGGCAACACUAUACUUGGCUCUAGUGAGUGUUUGUCCUUGAUUUUUAUAAGCACCAAAUUUCUCACAGAAUUAGAAGAAACUGCUUUAAGAGGUGUGUGUGUGUGUGUGUGUGUG